CAAAAAGUGGCUUGGUUUGAUGGGAAUUGGGAAUUGUGAUGGAUCCAAACAAUUUUUGGUUAAUAAAGUUAUUCAAAUAUAGUUAGAUCAGUAGUUUGUUACGGUUACGAUUAACCAAUUACCGUGUUAUAUGUACUUAUACUUCGUCCAUUAUCUAGUCAAAUAAAAUAAAAUACGAUGAAAAUAGCUGUGGAGGGUUGUGCCCAUGGAGAACUGGAUAAAAUAUACGAAUGUAUCGAAACUUUACAGGAAAGGGAAUGCAUAAAGAUUGAUUUGUUAAUUUGUUGUGGGGACUUUCAAUCUGUGCGUAAUAAUGAGGAUCUUAGAGCAAUGGCGGUACCAGAGAAGUAUCAACAUAUUUGCACCUUUUACAAGUAUUACAGUGGUGAAAAGUUAGCACCAGUUCUAACCAUUUUCAUUGGCGGGAACCAUGAAGCUUCAAAUUACUUGCAAGAAUUGCCAUAUGGGGGUUGGGUGGCACCAAAUAUUUACUACUUGGGCAGAGCUGGGGUUGUUAAAUUUGGUAAUUUGAGGAUCGGUGGUUUAUCAGGAAUUUUCAAAGGACAUGAUUAUUUACAAGGCCUUUGGGAGUGCUCACCAUAUACACAAAACUCAUUAAGAUCAGUUUAUCACAUAAGAUCACUGGAUGUAUAUAGAUUAAGUCAGCUGCAAGAGAAAAUACAUGUAAUGUUAUCCCAUGACUGGCCCAGAGGUAUAACAAAUUUUGGUGAUAAAGAACACUUGUUGAGAAGAAAACCAUUUCUAAGAGAAGAUGUUGAAAGCGGCAAACUGGGAAGUCCUCCAGGCGAAAAAUUGUUACACACUCUGAAACCACAGUACUGGUUCGCUGCUCAUUUACAUUGUCAAUUUGCUGCCCUGGUUAAACAUGAAAAUGAUGAAGAAACAAAGUUCUUAGCUUUGGACAAAUGUUUGCCAAAGAGGAGACAUCUGCAGAUAUUGGAUAUGCCUUCUGAGUAUGAUGGUGACAAACUUCUGAAAUAUGACACUGAAUGGUUGGCCGUAUUGAGGAAUACAAACCAUCUUUUGUCUGUGAAAAAUAUUGAUUGUCACUUGCCAGGACCAGGUUGUAAUGAAAGGUACGAUUUUACUCCAACUGCACAAGAAAAAGAAAGUGUAGAAAGUUUGAUGCCUAAUUUAGUAAUAGCGAAUGAAUCCUUUAUCAAAACUGCUCCAAUUUAUAAGCCCAGUGCCCCAAAAUGUCCACCUAGGGACCCAAUAAUAAAUCCUCAAACAACACAUCUUUGUGAGAAACUAGGAAUUGAUGACCCUGUUCAAGUUAUUAUGGCAAGAUCUGGUCGUACUAUGAGACAAAGUUGUAUAAAAAAUGACAGUGAGCCUGAAGUUAUUCAAACACCUAUCAAAUGCUCGAAGAUGUCACUUCCAGCUCCAGUUACACCAAGUCAGAAUGAAAGCCAAGAUUUAUCACAGGAUUAUACUAAUUUUACUCCGGAGAACAGUUUUCUGUCAGAUGCCACUAACACCACAUCUGACUGUUUGACACCACCCAGUGCAACUAAAAAGGUUUUUAAAAGGCGUAAUUUAGCAAUAUACAGCCCUGAUCAAGAUGAACAAUAUGAUAUACACAAGAAAACGGACUCUCCUAUAGACGAUAACAGUCCCAAGUCUAGUAAAUGUCAUAGAAGUAAUGAAUUAUAAAUCAAACAAUAAAUAUUUGUAUUGCAUGAUCAAAUGAAGUUUUAGGGUAGAUUAAUUUAGGUCAAUUUGUAAGUAAAUCAUGACAAAAAAAGACUAAAGGUAUUUUAACAUAUUUUUAUAUCAUUAUAAUCUGGUAUUAUUUUUAUCAUGAGAUUGUUCUUUUACAGAUUA